GUUGCUCCUUCGCGGCCGAAGGGGCGGGCUCGAGGGCCGAGGGAGUAAGCUGCUCGCGGCUCGCUCGCCGGUGCAAGAUGGCGGACAUCUCCCUGGACGAGCUCAUCCGGAAGCGCGGGGCUGCGACGAAGGGGCGUCUCAAUGCCAGACCGGGAGUCGGAGGUGUUCGGUCUCGUGUUGGGGCCCAGCAGAGCCUUCUCAGCCCGCCAGCACGCACGGCCACCUUCCAGCAGAGGUUUGAUGCCCGGCAGAAGAUUGGCCUCGCGGAUGCCCGGCUCAAGCUGGGAGUCAAGGAUGCCCGGGAAAAGCUUUUGCAGAAAGAUGCUCGGUUCCGGAUCAAAGGGAAGGUGCAGGAUGCCAGGGAGAUGCUGAACUCCCGCAAGCAGCAGAGCGCGGUGCCCCAGAAGGCCCGCCAGGUGGCCGACGCCCGGGAGAAGAUCAGCUUGAAGCGGAACUCCCCAGCCGCCUUCAUGAGCCCGCCCAUCGGGACAGUGACCCCUGCCCUGAAGCUCACCAAAACCAUCCAGGUCCCACAGCAGAAGGCCAUGGCACCCCUUCACACCCAUCCCGCUGGGAUGAGGAUCAACGUUGUCAAUAACCACCCGGCUAAGCAGAACUUAUAUGACCUGGAGGAAGAUGACGACGCUGUAGCUCCCGUUCCCAGUAAACAGAUGAGAUUUGCAGCCUCGGGCGGCUUUCUCCACCACGUAGCCGGGCUGAGCAGUUCCAAGUUCUCCGUGUCCAAGGCCCUCCCUCUCACCAAAGUGGUUCAGAAUGACGUGUACACAGCUCCUGCCCUCCCCUCCUCUGUUCGAACAAAAGCCUUGACCAGCAUGUCUCGGACGCUAGUGAACAAGGAGGAGCCCCCCAAAGAGCUGCCGCCUUCUGAGCCUGUCCUCAGCCCUUUGGAAGGCACCAAGAUGACCGUGAACAAUCUGCACCCUCGAGUCACUGAGGAGGACAUUGUGGAGCUUUUCUGUGUGUGUGGAGCCCUCAAAAGGGCUCGGCUGGUCCAUCCUGGGGUAGCAGAGGUGGUCUUUGUGAAGAAGGAUGAUGCCAUUACAGCAUAUAAGAAGUAUAACAACAGGUGUUUGGAUGGGCAGCCAAUGAAGUGCAACCUUCACAUGAAUGGGAACGUUAUCACCUCAGACCAGCCCAUUCUGCUACGGCUGAGUGACAGCCCCUCAGUGAAAAAGGAGAGUGAGUUGCCUCGCAGGGUGAAUUCUACCGCCGCCUCCAACCCUCCUGCCGAAGUGGACCCCGACACCAUCCUCAAAGCGCUCUUCAAGUCCUCAGGGGCCUCUGUGACGACACAGCCCACAGAAUUCAAAAUCAAACUCUGAGCAGGGGCGCGAGGCAGCCGCAAGCAGGGGCAGAGGCGGGUGGCUCUGUCUCCUAAAGCAAAGCUUGUGACCAGCGGGCCGUCGGACUGGAGGCCCCUGAGCGUGGGAAGGGUCGCCAGGGGGGGAGAGCUUCCUCGCUGGACGGAACCCACCUUUCUGUGUUGUGUUCUCCCCUGCGCCCCUCUGUGCGUUCACGUGUCCUCUAGUCUGUCUCUCCUCCCUCGCCCUCAUCACCAAGGUAGCUUGUGUUGCUUGGAGCGUCUACCCCUGAUUGCAGCCCCGAACUGAUUCCUUGUCUGAAAACGAUACCCUAUCUCUGGGUGACUUCAUGUGGCCCCGGGGAGGGCAGGGCAGGGCCUCUUUGAAGGACACUUUUUUUUCCCAGGAGGUGAGGAGCUGCCUCCCCUUUCUCGUUUUUAACCUUUCAGACAGGGUGGGGAACGGGUGCCCCCGCCGUCCUCACGGAAGCUGGGUCGCUCCGGAGCGGGCCGCUCCCCUGCCUGCCCACUGCAGGCGGCCCGGGUGCUCUCCCCACGGCUGGCUCCGCGCCGGUGUGCUCUGGAGGGGGCCCGUGGCAGGGCGGGGGCGGGGGGCUGCCGUAUCGCCGGGGAGAGCAUUCCCGGCCCUUGGUUUCGAGAGCCUGUGCUGUGUCAGGGGACUCGGUAAAUUCUCGAGUUCGCGGUCCCCGUUCCUUGGGUUAUGCCAAGUCCCCCUCCCCGGCUCUCAGGCUUCUGGGUGUUGUUGUGGGAGGGGCGUGCGGCCCUCCAUGCUCCCCCUCCAGAGCUCCCCCAGCACGAGCUCCCCACACCCGGCUUGGGUACAAAUGCCAGCUCUCUGCUAGUUGGGUUUUCUGUUUUUUUAAAGGUCUGGCUAUUCUGUUACACUGAGGGUCUGGGGCUUGUUUGGAUGGGAGGUAAUGGCUUGCUCCUGCCUCUUCUUUCUGGCCUCAGAUGCCUUCGGGACAGUAGGGUGCUGAGAGGGGCACAGGUCCAGCCGUCACCAGGGGCGCUGUUCGCAUUGUUGGGAGCAAGCCAUCCGUCUGUGACGGGGAGGGGGGGGUCUUUUCCUGUCCUGGCAGUGAAGGGCGCAGGGGUGGUGCUGGCAGUGGGGAGGGGGGCGGGUGAGAGAGCAGAGCAGCCCUCCCAGGCCAGCCGGUAGGGUGUUCCCUCAGCGUGGUGCCAGGCAGUUGGGGCAGCCCCCGCGCACCAGGACGGCGUGGCUCCAGGGGCGUUCUUUGUGGGACUGCGAGGGACUCCAGGCGGGCAGAGCCGGGGCGGGCCGAGCAGCAGGGCUCUGGAGCUCUACUCAACCCGUGGCAGGUGCUGUGAAAGGUACAGGUCUAGGGAGCAAAGGGGACCUGAGACACUAAGAGUCUUUCAUGGUCUGCUUGGGGGCAGCCCAGUGAAGACGACUCUGGAAACUCAUGUUUUCAGAAUUCUGUGGGUAAGCAGGAAGGACCCGGGCUUGAACACUGCGCAGCCCUCCGGCUCUGAGGUUGCUCGGGCCUUGGGAGUCCAAGGAGUGUACCUGACGGUGCCCAGCUUCCAGUUCUCUAAAGGAUGCUGCUUUCGUUCCUUUCUUCCCUUCUCCCCCCUUUGAAUGGGUGCAAACUAAGUCCUUCUCAGCAGCUGGAAGACCUUCCUCCUCCACUUUCCCCUUCUUGAUCCAUGAGCACCCUCAAGGCAGUAGGACCUGGUAUUUCAGGUACUGGGGACAGUCGGAUCACUACUUGGACUCUGCUUCAAGCAGGGAUGGUAAAUCUCCCGCCUGCGUGGGGUAGACCUCCCCUCCCUCCCCUCCGGCACCGCCAGUCCCCGCCAGGUGCUCCGGCCAUCACGGAGUUCCCUGCGCCCGGCCCGGCCUCCUGGCCGUCUGGACCCGGUCCUUCGGACGGCCACGUGGCCCAUUGUGGGUGGAGCCCGUUGGCCUUCCUGCCCCACAGGGCCUCCUCAUGGGAAACAGAAGAGAAGGGGAGUGGGUCGGUCUUUGUGUCCCUCUCCACCUGCCGCCCCUCCACAUUCCUCACGUGUAUCUCUUGUUCGGAAGGAGAGGAAGAGACAUUAAGGGUUGGAGGAGACUAUAUGUUACCCAUUUCUGAAUAAAUAUUUGUUAUUCCUA